GGUUCAAUGCACUUACAACCAAUCCACACACCUUACCCAACAAAAGAAUGGCUUCAACCAAGCGUUAUAAGGCUCAUUUAAUAGGUACUACCUACGCUUACGAUUUUCCCGAAUUAUUUCGUCAAGCUAUUAGAAUACUAUGGAAUCGUACAUCUCAUCAUAGUUCAAACCUUAAAUAUCCUAGUGAUGUUUUGAAAGCCAAAGAACCAACUGAAUUGGCAAGAUCAUUGGGAAUACCUAGAGUAUACUUGUCAGCAAAUUCUGGUGCAAGGAUUGGAUUGGCGGAAGAAGUUAUGAAUCAUUUUAAUCAAUUACAUCAAAAUGAAAUGAAAUCUGUUAUUACGGAAGAAAUUGUUGAGGAAGGAGAAACACGACAUAAAAUUACCAACAUUAUUGGAUCAAAAGAUGGGCUUGGUGUUGAAUAUUUGAAGGAAUGGAGUUCACAUCUGACUGCACAAAAUGAUUUGGAGGGUAUUACAAAGAUUAUACAAUGGCUUCUAAAUUCUCCUGUACCAAUAUUUAUGAAUUCAGAUACUUGGGACAGGGAUGUUAAUUAUAUGCCUCCCAAAGGGCCUUACGAUUCAAGAUGGUUAAUUGCGGGCAAAUAUGAGAUUUAG